GCUUACAUGUAUGCGGGUGGAGAGUCAGAGCGCAUCCUGGGCACGCUGCUGGCCGGCGGCGCGGAGCCCGUGGAAGUCGCCACCAAGGCCAACCCCUGGGAUGGGAAAACACUGAAGCCCGAGAGUGUGCGAUCGCAGCUGGACACGUCCCUGGAGAGGCUGAAGAGGACGAGUGUAGAGCUCUUCUACCUCCACGCUCCUGACCAUGGGACCCCGGUGGAGGAGACCCUGCGUGCCUGCAAUGAGCUGCACAAAGAAGGAAAGUUUAAAGAACUUGGUCUAUCAAACUACGCAGCUUGGGAGGUCGCAGAAAUCUGCACCAUCUGCAAAUACAACAACUGGGUGAUGCCAACGGUGUACCAGGGUAUGUACAACGCGACCACUCGCCAGGUGGAAGCUGAGCUGUUCCCUUGCCUGAGAUACUAUGGACUGCGGUUCUAUGCCUACAAUCCACUGGCAGGAGGGCUGCUGACUGGCAAGUACAAGUAUGAGGACAAAGACACACGCCAGCCCACUGGAAGGUUUUUCGGGAAUGACUGGGCUCAAGCCUAUAGGGACAGGUACUGGAAAAAGCACAAUUUUGAAGGAAUUGCCCUAGUAGAAAAAGCUCUGAAAGACUCUUACGGUUCCAAUGCACCGAGCCUGACCUCCGCUGCUUUGCGCUGGUUGUACAAUCACUCCAAACUGCAGGGUUCUCUUGGAGAUGCAGUGAUCAUUGGGAUGUCCAACUUGGAGCAGCUAGAGCAGAACCUUGACUACAGCGAAGAGGGUCCCCUGCUCCCGCCUGUCGUGGAGGCGUUUGAUAACGCCUGGAACCUGACUGCGCACGACUGCCCCAACUAUUUCCGAUAGAGACUAGGGUAGGG